AUGUCAGGGACUUCUGCUAUUGUUCGCAGUGGUAAUAAAAACUAUGUGUUUAGAAAUUGGGCAGGCAUCUAUUCGGCAAAACCUCAAUUAUACUUUCAGCCACACUCGGUAGAAGAGGUUAGAGAGAUUAUAAAGGCAGCUAUAGAUGAGAAGAAGAGUAUUGUAACGGUAGGGUCAGGGCACUCGCCCAGUGAUAUGUGUGUGACAAAUGAGUGGUUGAUGAAUUUGGACAAUAUGCAAAACGUGAUUAAGUUUAAGGAAUAUGCCGAUCAGAAUUAUGCCGACGUGACCGUGGAGGCGGGGAUCCGCGUGUAUCAGUUAAAUGAAUAUCUUGCGCAGAAGGGAUAUGGACUUCAGAAUCUCGGGUCGAUUUCGGAACAAAGUAUUGGUGGUAUAAUAUCUACUGGCACCCAUGGUUCAUCACCAUUCCAUGGGUUAGUUUCUUCACAAUAUGUGAACUUAACGAUUGUCAAUGGUUUGGGUGAAGUAUUGUUUCUAGAUUCUGAGAAGGAUCCUGAGAUUUUCAGGGCUGCUCUUCUUUCUGUGGGCAAAAUUGGGAUAAUUGUUGGUGCCACCAUUAGAGUGAUUCCUGAAUUCCGCAUUAAAUCUACCCAAGAAGUGAUUAACUUUGAGACAUUGUUGGAAAAUUGGGAUACUAUUUGGACCUCGAGUGAGUUUAUAAGAUGCUGGUGGUUUCCUUAUGUUAGGAAGUGUGUUCUUUGGAGGGGUGAGAAGACCGAUGAACCGCUAAAGCAGCCUAGAACCUCUUGGUGGGGUACUAAGUUUGGCCGCUUUUUGUAUGAAUUACUGCUAUGGGUUGCUGUCAAUGUUUACCCUGCGUUCACCCCAUAUGUUGAAAAGUUUGUUUUCCACCACCAAUAUGGCAAGGUGGAGACUUUGGGAGCUGGAGAUGUCUUCGUACAGACUUCGGUUGAAGGUAUAAAUAUGGAUUGUUUGUUUUCGCAGUUUGUGGAUGAAUGGGCAUGCCCAUUAGACAACGGACCGGAGGUGUUACGCUCUUUGGAUCAUUCCAUAUCUCAAGCUGCUCAGAAUAAAGAGUUUUAUGUUCACGUACCUAUAGAGGUGCGUUGUUCUAACACUACCCUGCCCAACGAACAGCUGGACUAUUCUGAUAGAACUUCCACUAGUGUGGGACCUGUGUUUGGGAAUUUGCUACGCCCUUACUUGGAUUCCACGCCAAGUCAUUUGAGGUAUGCUCCGUUAUCUGAUGUGACGAAUUCCCAACUAACUUUGUACAUCAAUGCUACAAUCUACAGGCCAUUUGGGACUAAUACACCUAUUCACAAGUGGUUCACGUUAUUUGAAGACACCCUGGGUGCUGCAGGUGGGAAACCCCAUUGGGCAAAACAAUUUUUGGGUUCUGUUUCCAUGGCUGCGGGUUCAACAAAGGAUGAAAAGGAUUAUGCGGAUUACGAGAUGAGGGGCAUGGCUACCAAGAUAAAGACCUGGUAUGGUGAUAAUUUGACGCAGUUCCAAAAGGUUAGAAGGCAACAGGAUCCACAUAAUAUCUUUGUGGCAAAUAAAGAUUGGGCUAUUAAGAAUGGUAUCGUUCCUAUUGAUGAAAUUUGA